AUGAGCGAUGACAGACCGAUCCAGCCGAGGUCUCCUCUUUGUAGUCGAAAUGCAAUGCCGCCUCCGACAACUCCACGUACACCACGACGCACAUGCAAGGAUGAGGCUCUAACCAAGAUCCUCUACUACUUCGAGCACCUGCACGCCAGCUCACCACCUAAAUCGAAAAUUCCAGCAACCCCUAAAACCAUUCCACGACGUCGAGAAGGGCUAGUUGCUUCAAGGCAGUUGAGAACACCCACUCGACACCCGCUGCGUGCUUCCAAUGAUAUCAACAGUGCAGACGAUGUCACCACCGUCCCCGACGCUACUUCGUCCUCAUCCGACAGCGACCCCUCAUUUGACGACGAGGAUGAUGAUGACGAGGAGGAGGAAGACUCCUCUGAGUUCUCAGCGUCCUCGUCAUCUACCGACAGUUCAGUGGACGCGUGGACACAACGUAAAAAGUCACGGCAUUCUCGCAAGCGUGCCUCAACGUUCAAGAGCACUCCCCAGCCAGACCCUACUCUCCAAGUAAUCACCAGCCGUUCUACGUCUGCGGUUCUACACGAAACAUGCCCUAAUCCAUGUCCCUCUCGCUUUAGACUUCACGCCUCGCGCCUCACCGACUCUCUUCCCUGUCGUGAACGCGAAUUCGACGCUAUCUUUGAGUUCCUCUUUGAGAGACUUCAGAAUCGUACCGGAGGGUGUAUGUACAUCUCCGGGGUUCCAGGAACCGGCAAGACGGCGACGGUGACAGCGGUUGUGGAGAGCAUGGCGGGGUGCGUGGAUGCGUCCGGUCACAGCGUGAUCCCUCCCUUCACCUUCAUCGCCGUCAACGGCAUGCAGGUCUCCGAGCCUCGACAUGUGUACGUCCGGAUCUACGAGGAGCUCAAAGGCGCACGCGUGUCGGUGGCCAAGGCGAUGGCCCAGCUGGAACACGAGUUCUGCGCACCGUGCCGCACGCAGACCGGCGAGCCGACGUGCGUGCUCCUCAUCGACGAGCUAGAUCUGCUCUGCUCUAGGCGUCAGGACGUGCUCUACUCGCUGUUCGACUGGCCCUGCCGCCAGACCGGCCAGCGGUGCCGACGUCCACUCGUGGUGCUGGCCAUCGCCAACACCAUGGACCUGCCCGAACGCCUGCUCCACCACCGCGUCGCCAGCCGUCUGGGCCUCAACCGUCUGCCAUUCGCGCCCUACUCCCACGAACAGCUCGCCGAGAUUGUGACCUCGCGACUCGGCACGGAAAUGAGCUCCACUUUCGCUCCGAAGGCCAUCGAACUGGCCGGCAGGAAGGUUGCCGCGGUGUCGGGCGACGCGCGACGCGCCCUCGACGUCUGUCGCAGGGCCGCUGAACUGUCUCGUCAGGAGGGCGCAAAGACGCCCACCACGAUCCACCACGUCAACGCCGCCCUCAAGGAAAUGUUCACCUCGCCGAAGCUGACGGCUCUGCGCUCCGCGUCGCACUACGAGAAACUCCUGCUGCGCGCCAUCGUCUCCGAGGCCAGCGCUCGUUCGGCCGAGGAGGUCCGGCUGGAUCGUUGCAUGGAACAGAUGUACGCGCUCUGCAAUCUGGAAGGUCUUCCACGGCCGACAGACACCGAGGUCUUCAGCAUGUGCGCUGCGCUCGGAGCCUACAAACUCAUCCUCGUUGAAGCCUCCCGACGCGACACCAACAUGCUCGUGCGUCUCAAUUGCUCCCAGUCCGACGUCCUGUUUGCUCUCAAGGCCUCCUCCUCCUCAUGA